AUGGUAAUUUUAAGGUUUUUUAAUACUGGAUCUAUGUAAUUAUUUCAGGCUGCCGCUUUCAAGAACGAAAAAUCAACUGGUGAGAACACCGAGCACCGCAUCCGUCUUACUCUCACGUGCCAAAAUGUCAAGCCUCUGGAGAAGGGUUUACUUUUUGUCUUUAUAAAUUGAAACUUUUGAGAAUGCAUCGAGCUUCAUUUGCAUUUCUAAUGCUCAGUAUUUUUCAGUUUGCGCCCAACUGAUCGAGGGUGCCAAGCACGAGCAUCUGAUGGUCAAGGGACCUAUCCGCAUGCCGACCAAGGUUCUGCGCAUCACCACGAGAAAGACUCCUUGCGGAGAGGGAUCCAAGACCUGGGAUCGCUUCCAGGUUAGAAAGUCGUACAUUUAAUAUUCGGCUAGCUUCUAAAGUUUAAAAUGCAGUUUGGUCGUCAUAAUAGUUUUUUUUUUGCUCAAAAACACUAAGUGGAAAAGAUGAAGUUUGUUUUUCAAAGAGUAUUUCGUAAGUUGAAACUAAAUGAAAUGAAAGUCUUCGAAAAAAAAAUUUAAGCAUUUUUUUUUUCAUGCUUAAUGUUAUCUGCUUACAGAUGCGCAUUCACAAGCGUCUUAUCAACUUGCACGCACCCGCUGACGUGCUUCGCCAGAUCACGUCGAUCUCGAUUGAGCCCGGAGUCGAUAUCGAGGUCACCAAGGCCGAUUAA